AAAAACUCCAUCACAACACAGAACACACCGCAUCCUCUAAGUUAACAUUAUCUUCUAAAACAAUUUUGAUAUGUGACAUUAACACUUGCGUUACAAAUACCUUAAUGUACCUUGACAGUUAGCGUUAAUGUUAUGUUCUUCUUGAGAUACAGAGACGCUCCCAGUAUUUUUGACUUGUAAUUUGUGUUUGGGGGACACAUGAGCCAGAAGGCGUUGUUGGCUCUGCUCAGUUUUAUUUUGCAAAUCUACAGAAUUCAGUAGAAGCCUCUCGCUGAUGAAUAUGUCUGCCUGCAGAGGUGAACCUCUCAAGAGUUGGCAGUGAAGUGAGAUCUGUGCUCAAAACCUCUGUUUGGAGCAUUAUUAAUUACUUCAGAGUCUGCAGAACUGGCUUUGUCUUUAUAAAAGAAAAAUUGAAUUCGCUUGCUCUGAAAAGUUGAGCAGCGUUUCGAUCAUGGAUCUGUAAGGAUAUGUGUCGUCUUGCGAUAUCAAUCUAUCCCCAGAACAACGUCGCAUUGGCUAAAAUUGUAUUCAGAGGAUAAUUGAUAAGAGCCACUGGGGCAUCGACUGCCAGGUCUGACCCAUCAACGUUGGCAAUUUUUUACUCUGAGGUGCAGCAAGGUGUUGUUUAAAUCCAGAUAUUUAUCCCCAUCUCCGGGUAUAAACAAUUCAAUCAGUCCGCUACAUGGGUAAAACUUCUGUAAACUGUUUUUUUUGAUAGACAACUGCGUCAUCGGAGCUGUAAAUAUAUCCAGCUCAGCCAUGCUCCAUUCUGAAGAUUUAUUAUGUAAAAGAGCCAUGUUUCAAAAAAAAGUAAAAGAUGUCUGCGGAUCUGGAUCCUGCUGUUUUUAUUGCUGCUGCUGCAUUUGAAGACUUCCUUCCUUCGACGCGGUUUCUGGCGACUGAUUUUCUCUUAUCAGUGCGACGUCGUUUAUUACCCCCCACGACACACGUUGGCCAGGAGGUCUCUUUAUUGCUCUCCUGGUGAGAACCAUUAUAGCUCCGGCUCUCUCUUGGUUGUCGCUACCCCUGGUAAAUUUACCCACGGCAUGGUUUAUAACAUACGAUGCAAUGUUUUUAGCAGCGGAUUUAAGAUGAGGCUUAGCGACUGCAAACCCUCUUUUGACAAAAGGGGAUACGAAUCUGAAUAAUUUCGCAAAUAUAGACCCUAUAUCUCUCCCGUUCAUGACUGGUGAACCAUAAAAAACAGGUAGAGACCCUCCAGCCUGGUUCUCAUAGUAGCUCACAAAACAACGAGGGUCCUGAUGCAUCAUCUUGUCGGCACUGGUCUGAAAUGCAGCUGGAUGUUACACUUGCCGUAUGUAAACUGCACCGGUUGGUUUUGAUCCGUUUUAAUCUCCAUAUGUUUCAAUUUGUUUCUUCGCCACAGGUAUGUAGUAGGCGGGGCUUAAAGACUGAUUGAUAAUAUAGCCAAACUUGCCUUGUAUAGGCACGGUUCUCGUAUGUGUCUCCUACUAACUGAUGGCGUACCACGUCACCGUGUGGAGAUGAAUUUUUCUUUAAUGUAAACCAUUCACCCGGUUUCAUACCCAGUAUGGAGGCCAAAGGCGGAAAGAAUCGCAAUUCGCAAUUGCUGGUCGCCACAUAACCGUAUCUCUUUUGAAUAUUACUGUACAUAAAGGUUAUGUCUGCUUCCCUUUGAUGGGAGUUCAUCAAAGCUUCUGAAGCUAAUAUAGGUCAUCGAAAUAGCCGCCUCGAAUUUUUUGACGAUGUUUAUCAUCGUUAUUGUGUCUCCAUUCAAAAUACCCCUCAUCUUCGGGGAGGUUAAACCAGGUGUGAGGAUAUGUAAUCUCUGUCAAAGCGCCUUCCCACAGCCCUGCUAAAUCAAUAUGCUGAGCCAGGUCCACCUGAUAAUUAGAACUGGUAUUAUUUUCAAAUACGCUAAGACUGGCGUUUGAAGGCAGAUUGACGUAAAAACCCCUCUCCCUGUGAUUGAUCCAUGGUGCUCUGAUGCUGAAAAUUAAACUGUGGUUUUUAUACAUUCAGCAGAUCGUCGGCCGUGACCCAAGAAUUAAACUUUUCUGGCCAAUUACGCCAUUUUACUAAUUUCUGUUUCUCUCCUCUGACGACGCGCUCAUCCAACACACGUUCUACCACAUAAAUCUUAUUAGGAGCCACAUUUACUUUUUGCAACUCUGCUUCAUAAAAUAUACCUUUAAUGGGCUCUCCGUCAUAAUCUUUCAGUCUGUAGACUGGGGUAAGAAGCGGCACACAUUCAUUCACUGUUAACACCUCGUAUUUCUUAUCAACUAACACCCCUCACUUUGAAGAUUCCUACAACAUCUUCCUGCUUAAAAUUAAUCUUAAACUUAUUGCUGUAGCGUACGGUGAUGGAUUAGUACAGGUUUUGAAAAACUUGAAGGGUGUUUUCAACCGUUGCCUACAUAGGUGCCAUUUUUAUACUUUUAUGAUAGCUGUGAUUAUAUCUGUGAACACUUGUUGAUUCUGACUCGGGUGGUCCACUUGACAACCAAAACAGGUUUCCUUUUGAAAAUAUGCAAGGCCUCGCUGAAUAAAUGAACCAGUAUAGAUUCUACCAUUUUUAAGCUGUUGUCGCAGGUGACAGCCGCUGCUGCUGUCGCCCUCAGAGGACACCGAAUCGCAGUUCCUGAGUGGAGAGUCUGGGGAUGGCGGAAGCAGGUGCAGUUUAUAGGGGGUCCAAAAAAUGAUGACCAGACGUACGGUGUAUGACCGGAAACAAGUGCACUUAAAAAGAAGGGGGCGGGGCUUAGGUGUAAUAAAACUGUCAAACUGAGUUUGACGAGGGGUGUACAAUUCAUCUCACUAGCCCCAUAAAGGCAUGCACCUUCUUCUUGAUGGUCGGCACCGGAUAUGAGUGUAUGGCAUCCACCUUCCCUAAUCGAGGCUUGACCACCCCCUGGCCCUCAAUGUGGCCCAGGUACUCCACCUGUUCCUUUGCCAAGGAACACUUUGUGCGGAUUGAUGGUCAGCCCAGCUGCCUUAAUUUAAAGGAGGACAACAGGCCACAACAUUCGCCUGAUCUCCAAUCGGAUUCUCCCAGUGUUCUUGCAGGAGAUCCAGUGGCCCCCUCACCUGACGACCAUAGAGAAGCUCAAAGGGCGAGAAUUCUGUUGAAGCCUGUGGCACCUCACGGUAUGCAAACAGCAGGUAUGGCAGCCAUUGGCCCCAAUCCAAGCCUGUAUGGGAGACAAACUUCCGCAGCAAGUUUUUGAGAGUCUGAUUGAAUCGUUCCACCAGCCCCUCCAUCUGGGGGUGGUAUGGGGUGGUCUGAAUACCCUUGAUCCCUACCAACUGAUACAUUUGCUUCACCAGUUUUAGAAAGGAAGUUUGUCCCACAGUCUGCGAGGACCUCUCUGGGAAUGCCUACCCUUGAGAAUAACUGCAAAAGACAAUUGGGAACCUGUCUGGGUUUAAUAGAUCUAAGGGGAAAAGCUUCUGCAUAAAGGGUGGCAUAAUCACAAACUAUCAAAGAUGUACUGAUUGACUGAGGAGCUUCUCUCAAGGGGCCCCCCUAUAUCCAUGCCAAUUUGGUUAGAUAGUUUGUCAAUGAUGGGCAAGGGCUGAAGUUAGCUGACAUGUUUCACAUGAAUCACAAAAAUCCUUAACCUCGGUGUACAUGCGUGGCCAAACAAAUCUCCUGGCAAUCCUGCUGAGGGACUUUUGGAAUGCUAGGUGGCCUGCCCAGGGAAUAGAAUAACCUAGCUCCAUGACCUUCUGUCUAAGGCCCUGUGGUAAAGCUAAGGUCUCAUCCUUCCUCUGCCGCUGGUAGAGAAUGCAAUUCUUAAUCACAUAGCUAUCAUCAGCUAAACAGUCAGCCUUGCAAUGUUUCUCACCCUCAACCUCUAUGACCUUGACAAACAAGGAUUUUAGCAUUGAGUCAGCUUGCUGCACUGCUGCUAUGUCAGAGGGAAUGUGAAAAUCUAAAGGCUGGUUGGGCUGUGUUACUUCCUCACACUGUUCCCUGGCAGUGGCCAAAAACUUUUCCCUCCUCUAGGCUCUGGACUUUGGCUGCUUGACUGGACCUGCCUCUAACUCUGCAUGGUGGAAAGGUAAAUCCUUAAGAGUACCUCUUGUCCUUUGUGCCCUAGUUGUGACAAUGUUACCUGCAGUAACUGCAGUUUGGUGAACUUGCAGCUCAACCUGCAGCUCAUCCUCAGCGCCCUCUACCUGUCCUGGCCAUUAUGAGUACCUGGUCAUGCCUUUUGGGCUCACAAAUGCUCCUGCCGUGUUUCAAGCCAUGAUUAAUGAUGUACUUAGAGACUUUCUUGACCAUUUUGUUUAUGUUUACCUCAAUGACAUUCUCAUUUAUUCCCCGGACCUUGACACGCACCGAGACCAUGUGACUAGAGUUCUGAAAAGACUGUUAGAACACCAACUCUAUGUCAAAGCAGAGAAGAGUGUGUGGCUUCAUUGUAGCCCCUGGAAGAGUACAGAUGGACCUGGCUAAAAUUAGCGCUGUGGCUGAAUGGCCCACACCUGAUAGCCGCAAAAAGGUUCAGCAGUUCUUAGGAUUCGCUAACUUUUACAGGCAGUUCAUCAGAGGCUUUAGCGCAAUAGCUGCCCUUCUCCAUGCUCUUACCUCCUCCCAGGUGCAGUUCCACUGGUCUCCGGAAGCGGAGACUGCCUUCCAGAUCCUCAAGCGGCACUUCACCUCGGCCCCAUCCUCAUGAUGCCAGACCCGCAGCGUCAGUUCGUGGUCGAGGUAGAUGCUUCCAACGAGGGGAUCGGGGCAGUCCUCUCUCAACGCUCGGAGCAGGAUGGCCGGGGUCCCGAAACGUCAAACCAGACGUCUUGUCCCGACUCUUUGACCCUGAGCCUCUUGCCAAAGAAUCUCUCCUUCCACUAAGCUGUGUGGUUGGAGCGGUGACUUGGCAGAUAGAAAAGGAGGUUAAGCAGGCUAAUGGUGAGGCUCCGCCACCUAGUGGGUGCCCGGAGAAUCGGUUGUUUGUUCUGUUUGAGGUGAUCCACUGGGCCCACACCUCGCUGCUUUCCUGCCAAUCCGGGAGUUCAGAGGACGAUGUUCGCCAUCUCUCGGAGGUUCUGGUGGCCAUCCAUGGAGCCGGAGGUCCGGGAGUACGUAGAGGCAUGUACGGUCUGCACCCGAAACAAAACAUCCUCCGGAUCCCGCAUGGGUCUCUUGCAACCACUCCCCAUCCCCUCCAGACCGUGGUCCGACAUCUCCAUGGACUUCGUCACAGGGUUCCCGGUAUCUCAAGGAAACACCACUAUCCUAGAUUCGUCAAUGCUGCCGUAUCUGGGCAGCCGCCCGACAGGUGCUGAUUCGACAAGGGGACAGAGUCAAAAAGACUGCAGACCGCAAGAGAUGGCCUGCUCCCGCCUACCAGCCAGGUCAGAGAGUGUGGCUCUCUGCCAAGGAUCUCCACCUCAGAGUUCCCUCCAAGAAGCUGGCGCCACGGUUCGUGGGCCUGUUCCCCAUCACCAAGUUCAUCGCCCCGCGGCAGUUUGUCUUUGCCUGCCUCGAUCUCUCCGGGUACACACUACCUUCCAUGUCAGCCAGAUUAAACCUGCCAAGGAGAGUCCGAUGGUCCCAGCCGCGACACCUCCCCCGCCUCCUGAGGUGAUAGACGGCAGCCCAGUGUAUAAGGUCAAGCAGUUGCUGGUGGUACGCAACCGGCCCUAGAGGGGGGACUACUGUCACACCACGGUGAGGGUUGUCUCGUCCUGGGUUUUUUGUCUCAUGACUUCCUGUUUUAUUUUGAAAACUAACUCUCCUCUUGUUUCAGGUUACUUGCCCUACCUCAUGUGUCACUGGUCUGAUUUCUGAUCUUGUCCACCUGUUCCCCAUUCACCUCAGGUGUUUUAUAGUCUGCGUCUCCCUUUGUCCUGUGCCUGAGUGUUAUCGUUUCAGCUGAGCACCCCAGCCCCAUGUCACAGUCCUCGCCUUGCUUUUCUCGUAUUUUGGUUUGUACUCUUUGCCUCCUUGUGAGUGAUUUUUUGUUUGUAAUUAUCAAUAGCGCAGUUUCAUACCGCAGUUUUAGUUCAUAGCCUUUUUUCUUUACCUCCGUUGGAGUGAUUUAUGUUUAGUCAAUUAGAUUAGUCUUGAGGUUAUUUUCUCUCUGUGUUUACGAGUGUUUUUUGUUCUUAAGUAGAAUUGCCUUAUGUUUCGUUAUAAAGAGGAAUUUUCUACAGCCUGUUAUUUUUGUCACUCUGUCUGAGGUUUUAAGAUUAUUGAAUAAAAGCCUGCCUGAACUGUC